GCCGCCGCCGCCGCCGCCUUUGCAGGCUGAUUCCUCACUAGAGAGUGGGAAGGGCAGCAGCAGCAGAGAAUCCAAACCCCAAAGCUGGUAUCACAAAGUACCAUUUCUCCGAGUUGGGGGCUCGGAGGGGACCCAUCAUGAGCGAUGUUACCAUUGUGAAAGAAGGUUGGGUUCAGAAGAGGGGAAAAUACAUAAAAACCUGGAGGCCAAGGUAUUUCCUUUUGAAGACAGAUGGCUCAUUCAUAGGCUAUAAAGAGAAACCCCAACAUGGGGAUUUACCUGAUCCCCUCAACAACUUUUCAGUGGCAAAAUGCCAGUUAAUGAAAACAGAACGACCGAAACCAAACACAUUUAUUAUCAGAUUUCUCCAGGCGACCACUGUUAUAGAGAGAACAUUUCAAGUAGAUACUCCAGAGGAAAGGGAAGAAUGGGCAGAAGCUAUUCAGGCUGUAGCAGACAGACUUCAGAGGCAAGAAGAAGAGAGAGUGAGUUCACAAAAUGAUAAUAUAGGGGAGGAAGAGAUGGGUGCUUCUGCAACUCACCAUAAAAGAAAGACAAUGAAUGAUUUUGACUAUUUGAAACUGCUAGGUAAAGGCACUUUUGGGAGAGUUAUUUUGGUUCUAGAGAAGGCAAGUGGGAAAUACUGUGCUAUGAAGAUUCUGAAGAAAGAAUUUAUAAUUGCCAAGGAUCUAGUGGCACAAACUUUAACUGAAAGCAGAGUAUUAAAGGACAUUAGACAUCCCUUUUUAACAGCCUUGAAAUACUCCUUCCAGACAAAAGACCGUUUGUGUUUUGUGAUGGAAUAUCUUAGUGGGGGAGACCUGUUUUUCCAUUUGUCGAGAGAGCGGGUGUUCUCUGAGGACCACACACAUUUCUAUGGUGCAGAAACUCUCUCUGCCUUUGACUAUCUACAUUCCAGAAAGAUUGUGCACCGUGACCUCAAGUUGGAGAAUUUGAUGCUGGAUAAAGAUGGCCACAUAAAAAUUACAGAUUUUGGAUUUUGCAAAGAAGGGAUCACAGAUGCAGCCACCAUGAGUACAAUCUGUGGUACACCAGAAUACAUGGCACCAGAGGUGUUAAAAGAUAAUGACUAUGGCCGAGCUGUGGAUUGGUGGGGCCUUGGGGUUGUUAUGUAUGAAAUGAUGUGUGGGGAGGUGCCUUUCUACAACGAGGAUCAUGAGAAACUUUUUGACCUAAUUGUAAUGGAAGACGUUAAAUUUCCUCAAACACUCUCUUUAGAUGCAAAAUCAUUGCUUUCAGGGCUCUUGAUAAAGGAUCCAAAUAAACGCCUUGGUGGAGGACCAGAUGAUGGAAAAGAAAUUAUGAGACACAGUUUCUUUUCUGGAGUAAACUGGCAAGAUGUAUAUGAUAAAAAGUUGGUACCUCCUUUUAAACCUCAAGUAACAUCAGAGGCAGACACCAGAUAUUUUGAUGAAGAAUUUACAGCCCAGAAUAUUACAAUAACACCACCUGAAAAAUAUGAUGAGGACGGCAUGGACUGCACAGACAGUGAGAGACAGCCGCAAUUCCCUCAGUUUUCCUACUCUGCAAGUGGCCCUGAAUAGGUCUCUUACUUCUGCUACUUCACCGUCAUCGUAGAGUUAUUACUGAAAAUGAUUCCUGGACAUCACACCAGUCCCAGCUCUUACAGAUAGCAGGAGCACCUUCAGACGCCCCAGACCAGUCCAAGGUCUUCACCCCUCGCUUCCUUUCACUCACACGAGAACAAACAUAUACGCAAACACU